AUGAAGCAAAUGCUGCUGCCCUUCUGGCUCGGCCUCGGGGGCACCCUGGGGUCCGGGACACAGCCUUUCCCCUGGAUCCACGUCUCAGAUUUAGCAGGGAUCAUCGCCCACGCCCUGGAGCCCCCUGCAGACACCCCCUCCCCUUCAGCACAGGUGUUAAACGGAGUUGCACCCGCCCUGAACACCAACUAUGAGUUCACUAAAGAACUGGGACGGCUCCUGAGGCGGCCCACUAUAUUUCCUGUACCCGGCUUCGUUAUGAAUGCAUUGUUGGGCUCGGAGAGGACUGUGGUCCUCACACAGGGCCAGAAAGUAAUACCCAAGAGGACUUUAGAGGCCGGAUUUCAGUACAAGUAUCCAGACUUGACCUCGGCCCUGAAAGAGAUCGUUGGGAGUUAACAGAUGUUGAAAUAAUGUGACUUAAAAUUUACUGUAAUUAUGUUUUUCUGUGUUACAAGAAUAUAAACGACAAUGAUAAAUCAAAUCCAUCUACUGGUUGAUGAUAUAAGUCCCAGAUUUCUCAGAUAUUAAUGAGUGUUUCAUAUCAUAUAAAACCAGUUUCUGAAUUGGGUUUUAAAACCUGCAGAUGUUUUUCACUGAAGGUCUUUUCAUACUUAGCUUUAAAAUAAAUCUGAGCACCAGAUA